AUGUCAUUCUACAACGUGGAGACUACUUUCCAGAGCUUUGCUGAUUUUUUUAUCCAUUUUGCAGUAACUGCUUUACGGGAGAUCAAAAGGAGUUUAGCUGAUCCUAUGAGAAAUUUAAGCAACUGGGAAAAGGGUGACCCAUGUAAAUCAAACUGGACUGGCAUAACAUGCUUCGUGAGAUCACAUGAUGAUGGUCUCUUUCACGUCAGGGAGCUCCAGUUGAUGAGGCUGAAUUUAUCUGGAGAGUUGGCUCCUGAAGUUGGCCAGUUAUCGUUUCUCGAAAUCCUUAAUGUGAUGUGGAACAACAUAACUGGACGUAUUCCUUUGGAGAUAGGAAAAAUUUCUUCUUUGAAACUCCUACUGCUGAAUGGGAACAAACUCACUGGUAGUUUACCCCCUGAACUUGGUAACCUUCGGAAUUUAAACAGGCUUCAAGUAGAUGAGAACAACAUAACAGGUUCAGUUCCACUUACAUUUGGAAACAUGACAAGUAUAAAACAUCUCCACUUUAAUAACAACACGUUAAACGGAGAAAUUCCAGUGGAGCUAUCCAAACUGAACAACCUUGCUCACCUGAUACUGGACAAUAAUAACUUGACUGGGUCUUUGCCGCAAGAAUUGGCUCGACUGCCAUCCUUGACCAUACUUCAGAUGGAUAACAACAACUUCAACGGUUCUGAGAUUCCAGAGGCUUAUGGAAGGUUUUCUAGUUUAGUAAAACUAAGUUUAAGGAACUGUGGACUACAAGGAUCAAUUCCUGAUUUAAGCAGUAUAAAAAAUCUUAGCUAUUUAGAUCUGAGUUGGAACAAACUCACGGGCACUAUACCAGAAACUAAGCUUUCUGCCAAUAUGACAACAAUUGAACUAUCUUAUAACAACCUCACUGGAUCUAUACCACAAAGUUUCUCGGAGCUGGACUCUCUUCAAUUACUUUCACUUGAGAACAACAGUUUAUCUGGUUCUGUCCCAACAGCCAUUUGGGAGAACAAGUCUUUCGAGAAUAACAAACUACAAGUUGAUCUCAGGAACAAUAACUUCUCUAAUGCUACAGGAAACCUGAGAACACCAGACAAUGUUACCCUAUAUCUUCGUGGCAACCCAAUAUGCAAAAGUACAAGCAUUCCCAUUGUUAAACAACUCUUCGAACAUAUCUGCGGCGAGAAAAAGCAAACAUCAACCAAAUCAGAAAACACACCAUGCAGCAAUGCGUCAUGUCCCUAUGAGAAGGUCUUAGUCUCCCCAGGACUCUGCUUCUGUGCAGCGCCUCUUUCUAUCGAUUAUAGGCUAAAGAGCCGUAGCUUCUUCUUCUUCACUCCAUAUAUUGAAAACCAAUUCAUGGAGUAUAUAACCACGUCCCUACAACUUGAAACUCAUCAACUAGCAGUUGAUAGAGUUGUUGAUGAGAACAAGCUGCGUCUACGGAUGAACAUAAAGCUAAUUCCCAAAGGCAAAACAAUAUUUAACGUUACAGAAGUCAUACGUAUCAAGGGCGUGUUUACUUCAUGGAGUUUUCCUCGUAAUGACUUCUUUGGACCCUAUGAGUUACUAGACUUCCCACUUGAAGGACCUUAUGAAAAUUUGUUAGCUGGAAAGAGUGGAAUCAGCAACGCUGGAUGGGUGAUGAUAGUGGCAGCCUCUGUCGUUUCUGCCACUGUUAUUUCAGUGAGCGCUACACUUCUAUAUGUUAAGAAACGUCGUGGGAAUCUUCAUUCACUCACCAGAAAACGUGUUUUCAGAGCAAUAUCUCGGGAAAUCGAAGGGGUGAAGAAGUUCAGUUUUAUAGAACUGUCGGAUGCAACUAAUGGUUUUGAUAGUUCUGCAGUGAUCGGUAGAGGUAGCUAUGGAAAAGUCUACAAAGGCAUUUUGCCGAAUAAAACCGUUGUUGCCAUCAAACGAGGAGAAGAAACUUCCCUGCAGAGUGAGAAAGAGUUUCUGAAUGAGAUUGAUUUGCUUUCGAGGUUACAUCACCGAAAUCUUGUGUCACUGGUUGGCUACAGUAGUGACAUCGGGGAACAAAUGUUGGUAUAUGAGUAUAUGCCUAAUGGCAAUGUGCGUGAUUGGCUUUCAGCUAAAGCUACAGAAACAUUGAGUUUUAACAUGAGGGCACAAGUAGCUUUGGGUUCAGCUAAAGGGAUCCUUUACCUUCACAAUGAAGCAAAUCCACCUGUUAUUCACCGCGAUAUCAAAACCAGCAACAUACUCUUGGACUGUCAGCUUCAUGCUAAAGUUGCUGAUUUUGGAUUGUCACGGUUGGCUCCAGAUUUUGAGGAAGGAGAUUGUGAGCCGGCCCAUGUAUCAACCGUAGUAAGAGGAACACCGGGAUAUCUGGAUCCAGAGUAUUUCAUGACUCGGCAACUGACGGUAAAGAGUGAUGUGUAUAGUUUCGGAGUAGUGUUGCUUGAGCUCUUGACUGGAAUGCACCCAUUUUUUGAGGGUACACAUAUUCUCCGUGAGGUGAGGAUGGCAAAUGAAAGUGGAACGGUUCAGUCAUGGGCGGAUAAUCGGAUGGGAGAGAUUUCGCCGGAUAAAGUGAUGAAGGUGGCGGAAUUGGCGUUAUGGUGUUGUGAGGAUAGACCAGAGAUGAGACCAUCUAUGUCAAAAGUGGUGAAGGAACUCGAAAGCAUUUGCCAAUCUGUGAAGGAAACGGAUGUGUUCUCAGAAACAACGACGUUACUAUACAGCAAAACAUCGUCGUCAUCGUCUCCUAUACCUUCAGAUUUUUCUUCACUUCCUGGAAGUAACUUGGACAGUGGCUUUCUAGAAGCUGUAAAACCACGUUGACAUAUUCUUCGUUGUAACUUUGUGAGAUAGACUAACUGAUGAUGUUAGUGCAAGAACACAUGACUAGUGAGAGUUGUGACUUUAUGGGGUUUGAAACCGAGUCUGUUGAACUGAUUCCU